UUCCUCGCGGUGAAGGGGUGUUUUUAUAGCCAUGCAGAUGUAAGAAAAAAAAGGGGCUAAAAAGUGUGUUGAAAUAUCUAUAAGACAUGGCAAACGAUAGAGAGGUUCUGAGAGAAAUAUGGGAAGGUAGAUUACCUGUAUGUUUUCAGUUAAAUUCUGAAGAAGUAUAUUCUCUGCAGGCUCCCGAUGCAUAUUAUUUAAUGGUUCCUCGGUUAAGUUACUUUCCUCUAGUUACUGAUAAGGUCCGUAAGCAAUUUGUAAGGUACAUUCAUCCAGAUAAACAAGAAGCAGAGAUGUGGCUAGAUUUCAAUGGACAGGCCUUGAAAUGGCAUUACCCAAUUGGAGUGCUGUUUGACAUGUAUGCAGCUGAUAGCCAGUUACCAUGGAAUAUUACUGUUCAUUUUGACAAGUUUCCAGAAGAGGAACUCUUACACUGCCCUUGUAGGGAAGCUGUCGAAUCUCACUUCAUGUCAUGUGUGAAAGAAGCAGAUGUGCUUAAGCAUCGCAGCCAAGUAGUCUCCAGUAUGCAGAAAAAGGACCAUAAUCAACUGUGGCUUGGACUCCAGAAUGAUAAAUUUGACCAAUUCUGGGCUGUAAACCGGAAACUUAUGGAAGCAAGUGGUGAAGAAGUGUUUAAAUACAUUCCAUUCCGUUGUUAUCGCGGUGACGGGCCUUUCAUCCAGCAUCUUGUGAGACCAGUUACAGAGGAAGGACAGCGUAAAACUUUGCAACAUCUAAUACAGGAAGUUUUCCCAAAUGAGACAAACCUUCAAAUAAUGACGCAUGGUAUUGAGCCUCCAUGGGAGACACCAUUACAGUGGAUGAGUGAACACCUUAGUUAUCCUGACAAUUUUCUGCAUCUUUGUAUCCAGACAUCAUAAACAUCAUCUGUAUAUUGUGUUCUUCAAGAAAUUACACAUUAUGCAGCUUAGAGUAUGGCUGAGAAUAGUUUGCAUUUUGAGUGCCCCUUGGUGCACUGCAUCGUCUAUGUGCUCAGUGGAGGCAGCUUUCAUUUUGUAUGAUACCAAAUGCCAUGUAGCUAAGUAAAGAUUACAGACAAUUAAUUUUGUAAAAUAAUAUUGAAUAUUUUUAAUGACGUCCCAUGAUGGAGGACAAGAAUGUCAGAAGAGAACCAGAUUGAAUAAGAGGAGAUAAUGGUCAUUUUUGUAUUAUGAUCUAUUUGAAGCACAUGGACAUCAGUUUCAGCUUCAGAAAUUUUGGUCCUCUGGCAAGCAGCUUAUUUUUUAAAUGUUAAUAUCAAAUGUGAAGCUAACUUUGAAAGUGUCCAGCUACUCAGGUAAUACCCAAUUUUGAAAUAGUUAACAUUUCCUGAUUUGGACACAUUAAAGUACAGUUGCUUAUUGGAAUAAGUACAUCUUCAAACAGUGCAAACUUCUGGGAUGUGACACCAUAAAGUCCGGUAGCCAGCAUUUAGAGAAAUCUAUUGCCUACAUCGUUUAUCAACAAAAUGCUGGUAGCUAUCAACCAAACUGCAUGAUGCCACAUUUUAUGUAAGACUAAACCUUGGGUAAGAUAAUGGGAGAUAAAGCAAGGGAAGCAUUUGUCCAAACUUUCCUACUACCAGCUAUGUCAUAGUAACAUCCCAAAUGUUAUACACAUGUGCUGAGCAAGUAUGUAACAUGUCACAUUAUUUGUCCCAAUUCUUUAUUCUAUUGAAGUGACUAACGUUUGAUAUGUAUGCACUAUUAAUUUCUACCAAGGGACUGAAUCAUCAAUUUCUGCCACAUUGGAUUCAUUUUGUGCAUACAAUAGCUGGUGUGUAACGUUUUUCUGUUGUGAAUAGGGCUUUGUUCAGAAGUUUUAUCUACCGUGCUUAACAGCUGUUUAUAUGAUGCUAAAGCCAGUGAACUGUCUGAUCAUUAUGAGAUUUUAGGUUCUCACAGUAGUGGAUAUUAAUAUCAUGGUCUUCUGGGAUAUGAUGCCAUGAAACACUGAUCCCUCUCUAUGCAACUACACAGCAUCAUAUCUCAGAAGAUCGCAUUCUAAUAUUAAACCAACAUACUGUGUAAAUAUCUGUAAGAAAUAUUAAGAAUAUAGCAUUUUAUAUAAUACUGAAUAAAUUAUAUAAAUGUAAAAUGAA